AAACCUGCUUUGGACUUGAAGUAGUGGCAUGAAAGAGAGACUCGAAAAAGUUGUUUUAUACUCGUCGUCACACUUGCACAAUCACACACUGAUGCUUCAAACUGAAUGUGUGACUGAGAUGAGUGUUGUGAAAGAGAGAGAGAGCACUGAGUGUGUGUGUGUGUGUCUGUGAGUGUGAGAGUGUGUGAGAGAUGACUUCCACUCCACCCACAUCCAUCCGUGUCCAAUGUGAGGGGGAGGUGAAACAGUUGAGAGCUUACUGUGCUAUUAACUGGCAUUAUUUAGUUGCUUCAGUCUGGAGAAGAGACAAGUUGAGACUGCUCCACAUCAGAAUUCCACCCAGUUGGAGCAACAAUGACUUCCCAUGUGAAACUUCGAAAGGAGAAGGUCGGUACGGUGGACUACGACACACAGAUCAAAGAGAUGCGCUGCCAGCUGGUGGACCAGCUGAAGGUGUUAGACCUGCAGCUUGAGCAGAAGAGCCAGCAGCUGCAGGACCUGGCAGACUACCUGCGGCGGCGGGGCGAGAUAGAGAACGAGUACUCCCGCUCUCUAGAGAAACUCGCCGAGAAGUUCACGUCCAGGAUCAAGAGGAAGGAGCCCAGCAGUCACUCGGUGCCUCAGGUCUGGCUGGCUCUGCUCUCCCAGACCCGCCAAGAGAGUCGGGACCACAACGGACUGAGCGAACGCUGCAGCAACUUCCUCAUCCAGCCGCUCACACACUGCCUGGAGUACACACAGCGCCUCGCCAAGAAGACUAAAGAGAUCUGCACUCAGCUUCAGGACGGGCUGCUGAAGGUUUCCACAGAGCUACAGACUACAUGGAGGACGUACUACCAGUACCACGCAGAAUAUAUGAGUGCAGAGGGCAAGCUGAAGGAAGCAGAGAAACAGGAGGAGAAGCAGAAGCAGAGCGCCAAGAAACUGGAGAGGUUGAUAGAAAAAAGACAAGGAAAGGUCAAAGAAAUCAACCUGAAGUGCAGCAAGGCCCGAAACGAUUACCUCCUGAACCUGGCGGUAGCCAACGCCUCCAUGAAUAAAUACUACCUCCAAGACAUCUCCACCCUCAUAGAUUGUGCAGAUGUGGGCUACCACUGCUCAGUGAGCCGUGUGAUGAAGGCGUACCUGUCCAGCCGCUGGCGGACCCAGGAGAACCUGAGCACGGGGCUGCAGCAGCUGCAGGGCACCGUGGCCGAGCUGGACCAGAGCAAAGACCGGGACGCUCUGCUGAAGGACCACUACAACACCUUCUGUAUGCCGCUCCGCUUCCCCUACCAGCCCCACGACGGAGACCAGGUGUCCGAGGUGUGUGCGGAGGGUGAGAUGAUCUGUGAGCUGGAAACCAGAUUCAAACAGAUACAAACCAGGCUGAAAAUAGUCACACAGGAAACGGAGGAGGCCAGUAAGAGCGUGUCGGCGUCCCAGUCGUCUCUGCUGGAGAGUAUCGGGGACGAUGACCUGGAUCUGUCUCAGGACGGCAGCACGGAGAACCUGGCGGUCAAACCCAGCGUGGCCCGUCGCCGCGCCAACAUGCAGGAAGUGGAGAACCUCUACUUCACCAGAGUAAAAGAGUACCUUGUGGGCAGCUCCCUCGCUUCUAAACUGCAAGCCAAACAUGAUCAGCUGAAAGUGGCUGUGGAAAAAGCAGAAGCAUCAAACGGACAUCAGCCCAGACACAAUGGGAAGUCGAUGCGUUUCAGGAAGAUUCACUCAAGUGCCAAUUUACUCCACAACCAGAAAGUGUUCAGUGGAGACAUGUUGUCCUUCAUACAGGCAUCAGGACAACAGAUUCCAAUUGUUGUGGAAAGUUGCAUUUGCUUCAUUAACCUCAAUGGUCUCCACCAUGAAGGGAUAUUCAGAGUCCCGGGGUCUCAGGUGGAGGUCAACAACCUGAGGGAUGCGUUUGAGCGAGGAGAGAACCCUCUGGCUGAGCAGAGCUACGACCUGGACUCAGUGGCUGGAGUCCUGAAGCUCUACUUCAGAGGUCUGGAGAACCCGCUGUUCCCCAUCCAGAGCACCAGCCAGCUGCUGGAGCACGCACAGAUAAAGAACGAGGCGGAGAGAGCCGCUCAGCUCAGAGCCGUCAUCUGUUCGUACCCGGAGCCCGUCAUCAUCGUCAUGAGAUACCUCUUCGCCUUCCUUCAUCAUGUGUCUCAGUACAGUGAUGAGAACAUGAUGCAGCCGUAUAACCUGGCGGUGUGUUUUGGUCCGAGCCUGGUGAGAGGAGCUCAGGACGAGGACGUGGUGACGCUGCAGCCUCAGAUCAACAACCUGGUGAAACACAUCAUCCUGCAGCACGAGAACAUCUUCCCCAGCCACAGCGAGCUGCAGGGACCCGUCUAUGAGAAAUGCAUGACGCUGGAGCAGGACGACUGUGAGCCCAUCAUCGAAGGAGAAGAUGUAGAUGCAGAUUACAGCAGAGAUGAUUAUGAAACUGGGCCUUCAGCUGACAGCAGCUCGUCUCAGAGGAAAGCUGAUCGUCCUCGAGCCAACAGCAGCGGCUCCAUCGAGCACCGGCGGCCGAGUGGCGGGGGCCUCGUCUCAGGGUCCAAGAUCCUGCUCCAGAUCCCCGUAGGGCAUCAGUUCAAACCCCGGAGAGGCCAGUCGCCCUGCUACACUCUCAGAGAACUGCAGGACAACUCGUCUUCUGAGGAUAUUGUCGUUAAAGUAGACAAGGAGGUCUGUCGCCAGAUGGACUCUGUCUUUGUGGAGCUCCUCUCGAGGCAAGCGCUGCAGGAUCCCUCCUCCUCUUCCUCCUCCUCCUCCUCCUCUCCCUCUGCCCAGGCUCCCCAAAGGAAAGGGAAGAGGGACGGACGCAGGGGGAGAGGAGUCGGGCUCUUCAGAGCUCCAGAUCCACUUUAACUGAGGCGACCGCAUGGAAACAGAGAAAUGAUGCAAAUUAAAAACGGAGGUGUUGUGUGAUGAGCUGUGACAGUUUCUACAAAAAACUGAGACCACUGACCCGUACUGCCCUACAUAGUCCAACUACAGUAACUAGAUUUAUGGUCCAAAUUGAGUUAUAAUUAAAAAUGAACUCCUUGAUGUCUGUUUUAUCUUGUGACAGAGUUUUAGAUUUCAAUUUUGCUUUAUUUCAGAGAAAUAAUGAUAUAAAAAACACAGGUAGCACUUUAUAAUAAGGUCCUUAAUAACCAUUAAUUAACAUGUAAUAAGGCAUUGUUCCCGCUUUAGAUCCGGUAGUUGCAAAAAGCAUAGUUAACUUAUAGUUAACUUAUAAUAGAUGAGCAAUAAAGUAUAUUUUAAUAUCAAUAAGCAAACAAAAUAAGAUUAAUAAAGGCAUGGCAAAGACAUAAUGGGUGGGUCAUGGGUGUUUGUAAUGCCAUUAUUAACACUUGUAUAAGCUUAUAAACACACAUUAAUGUUAAUAAGCAUCUUGUAAGGAUUUACAAGGGCCUUAUUACUUGUUAAUUAAUGGUUAUUACAAGGACCUUAAUAUAAAGCGUUACCAAAACACAAAAUCCAACUCAAAACCAAGCAGUAAUUGCACUUACCACAGUCUGAUUUAGAUAUAUAUACUCAUUUAAACAUAAAAAUAAUAGAAAUUAUGAGAAAUAAUGAUUUUUUUUUAAA